GUGAACGCGGAUCGUUUUGACAACGUUGUCGUCUGUACGCGAAACUUUUCAAAAACGUAAAGGAAAACUUUUCCAUUUUUAGUACAUCGUUGUCGUGUAAACUACCCUUAGUUGUUGAAUCUUUUUAUGUUCAUACAAAUAUUUAUACAUGUUAAGUUUGCUGAAAAUAAAAGCAGUUGAAAGUGAGAGAACGUUUCUUGUUUUGCUGAGUUUAUGUGCAAUGAUGACUUGAGAUCCUAAAACCCCAUCUAAAGAGCGUUCUAGUUUUGACGCGCGCGUCGCGUAGUGUGGACCCCUGGGAUUCGGCGUCUUGGAUGUGCACGUUGACCAAUCACAGAAGCGAAGGGACUUACAACUGACAGUGAAAACAUAGAAAGGCAUGUUUUCCUCGCUCUGGCGACUCAUUGCCAGGACCGAAAAUCAAACAUUCACUGUAUUGUUUAUUAUGUUCACACACUGAACGUCGAGAGCUACCUACACCUGACGAAGUGUCCUGGAAGCUGAGUUGGUGACUGGACUGAAAGAUACUCAGUGGAAUACUGAAGAAAACUUCCAAAGUAAUAACAAGGAAUCAAGGAACUCUGUAGAUGGCAGAUAGUCUCUUCACCUUGUGACUGCUGGUGCCGUCCUUAACCAUGCUCAAUCUCAUCAAGCUACCUCGAGUGUUCACAAUCAACCAAGUUCCAAAGGUUUUCCAUGAGGAUGGCAUCAUGUCAGGGUACCGACACCCAUGCAGUUCUGCCAAAGACUGUGUUCUUAGUCUUUUCCAACUAACAAAUGAGACCCUUAAUAUUUGGACUCAUUUUCUGCCUACCUGGUUUUUCUUAUGGAAACUGCUGACGGUAGUGCUGGUGCAGGGUUACUGGCAGGAUCCGUUCACCUGGCCCCUGCUUCUGUUCCUGCUGUCAUGCUGUGUGUACCCACUCGCGUCCAGCUGCGCUCACACCUUCAGCACCAUGUCAGAACGGGCCAGACACAUCUGCUUCUUCUUUGAUUAUGCAGCACUCAGCUUCUACAGCCUUGGUUCUGCCAUUACCUACUCCUCAUACAUAUUUCCAGAUAAAUGGGUUAAUAGCACUUUCCAUAAAUACUAUGUUCCUAUAGCUGUUGUCAACUCUAUUGUCUCCACUGCACUGGCCUGCUACUCAAGACUUGGUUUGCCAUUCUUUCAGUAUAAUUGUCACAGCAUUAAAGGGUCUUCUGGGAAAGUAGACGAGAAACUCUGCAGAUGUCUGCGAAUAAUGGCCUUUGUCUAUCCUUAUCUCUUUGACAAUAUCCCUCUCUUUUAUAGAAUUUUUGUCUGCACUGGUAAAGGUUGCACUGUAAAUGAGGCCAAUACGGUUCACUACCAGCAUACAGCACUGGCCGCUCUCACAAGCUUUCUUUUUGCCACACACCUGCCUGAAAGGUUGGCUCCUGGGAGUUUUGACUACAUAGGUCACAGUCAUCAGCUCUUCCACGUGUUUGCUAUUUUUGGCACAUAUUUCCAGAUGACUGCUAUUGAACUGGACAUGGCUGCACGAAGGCAGUGGCUUCAUGCUCAUUUGCCACCAAUCACCCUUUCAAACACUGUGGGAGCUGCAUUCCUUUGUGUGACCAGCAGUCUUUGUGUAAUUUAUGUCUUCAGUAUUGCACUUUUCUCCACCAGAGGCAUGAAGAAAAAUUUGUUUGUUAGUUGAAGUGACAAAAUGAUAAGAUUUUUAAACCAAGCAACCAAGUUAGUUUUCCCUAAAACUGAUUGAAAAAUGUAUAUAUUUUAGCCAUAUUUGUCCAAUGGAAGCACUUUCUCAUGAACAGCAUGGUAUUUUAUUUAAUCUGGAAGAAUAGAUUUUCUAUUAGAUUGAUUUGUUUUGAAUGCUGUUUGUUUGGUACACUUUAACAUUUGCACAGUUUCUAUGUUUUUGAUGCACAUGAAUCAUAUUAGAUUUUUUACAUCAGUACCUUUUUAUAAUCAAUCAUUUUGAACACUGUGUAAAAUCUUGCUUAUAAAUUAAUAAAUGAUUGUCUGUUUGAUUAAUGUUUAGUAACAAAUGUGAUGUUUUCUUUACAUUUGGUAUGCUUUAUUUGCACAAUUUCAAAACACAUUUCCAUGUUUUUAUGCACAUGAAUCAGAUUUAAUUUUUGCCACCAAUGGCUUUUUUAUGAUACGCCAUUUUUAUCC